CUGAAGUUAACGGUUCAGCAUAGUCAAGGAGCAGCAGAGUCCUUCAGUCUACAGCAGAGAGUGAAAACGAAAGCAAUUGACUGCCUUUAAAGCAGAAAAAUCAGCAGAAAAAAGUCAAGCGUUUAAAGUGUCAUCGAAAGAAAAGAAAAAAUUAGCAGUUGAAAUCAGAGUUCACAAAAGCCUGCCGCCUGCAUUUCCAAUCCUUUGGGUGUGCGUGUAUGCGUUUGUGUGUGUAUGUAUUUGUGCAUCUCGUUGAGUGUAUGACACAGAUUUCUGAAUAGUCAAAAACUCAGCAGCAGCAGCAGCCCCAAACAAGCCCCAAACAGCAGCCAAGGAGCCGUUUUUAUCGAUUAUUUACAGUCGCAACUGUAAAGUUAAGGGGAACAACUGCAUCGCCUGCCUCGCCUGAAGGUCAACAAAUCAUUUUUGGAGCAAGUCCUUUAGAAAGCCACAACAACGGAGCCAUUAAUCCAGCAACAUUUGUUGGUAGGGGUAGUCCAAGACGCUUCUACAAAAAGCAAAACGCAACUUCUCAACGAAAAGAAGACAACGCCUCAUCGGUAGGAGUCAGCUGAACCUGCUCCCCGCUCAACGGAACAAUCGCCAUACGCUCGCCAUCUCGUCUGUCCAACUACCAUGGCUUAUCAUCUAAUCAACAUCCUCAAGUUCAAUGUGAAGUACUUAAAAAAUCAAUAACUCGAACAGCACAGCAAUUGCACAUGUGUGUGGACAGCCGAAAAGGCGCAUCAGAUAAAACAAAAGAAAUAUAAAAACCGAAAGACAUAUAGAGCAGGGCUUUUAUCAUAUCUACCACUCGAUUCGAUUAUAUUGCUGUCUCGCUUGUGCACGCCAUUUCCCUCUGCUGUUGUUGUUGUUGCGUUACUUCUGUUGUUGUUGUUGUUGCCGCUGCUCCCAAAGUCGUGCCCGCGCCACCCCCCCACCUGGUUCUGCGGACAAUGGAAAAGUCUGAGAAAUUUUCAGAUUACCUCUUUGCCAAAAUGGGUCCCCCGAACACGACGUCCGUCAAUGGCAGCGAGCUACCACCCAAGACCACGGAGCGCAGCGAUGCGCCCAUCGAGCUGACCGGCUAUCGCAAAUGGCUGAGCGAUAAUCUAAUGCUGCUAGUCACGCUGUCGGGCGUCCUCCUGGGCGUCACAUUGGGUCUGUCCUUGCGUCCGCUGCAUUUGCAUGGCGAUUCAAUUAUGCUGAUUUCGUAUCCUGGCGAACUGUUUAUGCGUCUCCUGAAGUUAAUGAUUCUGCCGCUGGUGAUUUCGAGUCUGAUAGCUGGCUCGGCUAGUCUGAACGCUAAAAUGAAUGGCAAAAUUGCACUGCGGACGCUUUUCUACUUUGCCACCACUUCCUUUUUCAAUGCGGCACUCGGCAUUGCUCUGGUAUUGUUGGUGCAUCCUGGAAAUCCGGAUCUGCAUAAUGCCGACAACCGGUCGACGGACAGGAGGGCCGUCAAUCUGUUGGACAGCUUACUCGAUUUAGGCAGAAACAUAUUUCCGGACAAUCUAUUUCAAGCCUCCAUUCAGCAGGCCCACACCGUCUAUCUGCCCAAGCCGACCAUUUUGCAUAACUUCAACGAAACUCUGAACGACACCGUGUUGGUGCCGAAUGGAGUGGAGGCCCAACAGCAGUUGGACGAUGGUGUGGAGACCGUGCUCAUAAGGGAUGUCCAAUACCGAAGUGGCACCAACACGCUGGGCAUUGUUUUCUUCUGCCUGGUCUUCGGCACCUUCCUCGGCACCAUUGGCCAGAAGGGCCAGGUUGUGAUCGAUUUCUUCUCGGCCGUGUUUGAGGUCAUCAUGAAAAUCGUCACCUGCGUCAUGUGGCUAACACCGGUGGGCAUCAGUUCGGUCAUCGCGGGCAAAAUACUGAGCGUCGACGACUUGAGUUUGGUUAUGGCCCAGCUUUUCUGGUUCAUCUUCACAGUGGCCAUUGGCGUGGUCAUCUAUCAGUUUGUGGUGAUGCAGGCCAUUUAUUUUGUGUUCGUGCGCCGUAAUCCCUUCAAGUUCUAUGCCGGGCUCAUACAAGCCAUGUUAACCGCAUUUGCCACCGCCUCAACCGCGGCCGCCCUGCCGAUCACAUUCCGCUGCAUGAACGAGAAGCUGCGCGUGGAUCAGCGGAUCACGCGCUUCGUCCUCCCCAUCGGCUGCAACAUCAACAUGGAUGGCACAGCCCUCUAUAUAGCCGUCGCCUCGAUCUUCGUCGCCCAGAUGAGCGGCAUGACCUUGGGCUUUGGCGAACUGGUGACCGUGCUCCUCACCUCGACCGCCGCCUCCAUGAGCUCGGCCAGUGUGCCGAGUGCCGCUCUGGUCCUUCUCCUCGUCGUCUUGACCGCCAUCGACGCACCCGUUCAGGACGUAACGCUCCUCUUCGCCGUGGACUGGUUCGUCGAUCGCAUUCGUACCACCAACAACAUGCUGGGCGAUUGCUAUGCCGCCGCCGUUGUGGAGGAACUGUCGCGCAAGGAGCUGAUGGCGUUGGAUGCCGCUGCCGUUAACUAUCCGGACAUAUCCGCCGGCACACCAAAUGGCCACCAUGUGGGUCUCCUAGAGGGUCAAACCGAGCUGGAAUCAACCGGCAAGUGCAUCAUGACUGAUGCUGUGGUGGUUGACAUGAGCGCUGUCAUGAAUAAUGUCAACUUGCAGCAGGAUCAGGGCAAUAGGCGGGUCUAGAGCGGAUCUACUUAACAGGAUGAAUGCGAACACGAAUAUAUAGGGUUUGACAGGCAGACAAGCAGAAGCAGAAAUAAUACAGAAACAGAAACAAAUCAAUAGAAACCAUAGUGUUCCCCCCACAAUAAAACUAUGAUAGGGAUACUUUCGAGUAUAUAUUUUAUGUUUACGAACAAAAUAACAAACAAAACAAAACAGCAAACUAAUUAUGAAUUCUAAUUGAGACUGUAUUUUUGUAUGAGUUAAAACUAGCCCACCCAUAUAUAUCGACGAGUAUAUAUGAAUAUAUAUUUGAAUUGGGAUUGCGAUCAUUUACCUUAUACGUACAUUUUGCGAACAAGGCUAUUAAAGUAGAAAGAACUCUUGGAAACGAUGAUGGAUACAAACACAAUACCGCAUAUAUACAAUUAUUAAUCAAUUAUAACAUGGGACAUUUAACACUUAACAUGUACGGAAUGCAUAAAGAAUAUAGUAUACCAAUUAUCCUAUGCUUUAUAUACAACAUACCUAUAUGUAGAGAAAUAUUCAAAUAUAAAACAUUUUUGUGAUGUGUUUAGCAAGUAGGAGUGGCAGUUAAGGCAACAAAUAUGCAUAAUCUAUGGGUAUUAUUUUAAUUACAAGCAAUUGUGUGGCUUUCUUUUGUUCGAAUAUGUACGAGUAUAUAGUACUAUAUACUAUAUUGUAUGUGAAGAGAGAAUAUAUUGUGAUUCAGAACUCUAAGAGCAGCAGCUUGGCAAUUUUAGUUUAAUCUUUCGUUUAAGUCACCGGGUUGUAAACAAAAAGAAGAUGAUGAAGAAGAAGAAGAAGAAGAAGAAGCGUAUGAACUCUAAGUUAUGGAUUAUAUUUAAUUUGAGUUGAACGAGCAAUUAAAGAACUUUAAACACACAACUCACUUAUAUCAAUGUUUAGCAUAUAUACACAUACAUAUAUAUAUCAAGUGCAUACGUAGACUGAUAGAAAAUUUAGAAUUUUAAAUACCAUAUGCCCAACAUUCGAUUUGUACGCAAAAAGAA